UCAUCAAUCCAGCACAUGGACAGUCUUGUUUCACUGAAUCUCAGAGAUUGCAUAAACCUCAAGCGUCUUCCAAAGAGUAUAAAUCUGAAAUUUUUGAAGGUUCUUGUCCUUAGUGGCUGUUCAAAACUCAAGAAAUUCCCAACUAUUUCAGAUAACAUAGAAUCUUUACAUCUGGAUGGUACAGCAGUAAAAAGAGUUCCUGAAUCCAUAGAGAGUCUCCUGAAACUUGCUGUGUUAAAUCUAAAGAAAUGUUGCAGGUUGAUGCAUCUUCCUGACACUCUUUGCAAACUCAAGUCUCUAAAAGAACUGAUUCUCUCUGGCUGUUCAAAGCUAGAGAGUUUUCCGGAUAUUCAUGAAGACAUGGGAAGCUUAGAGAUUCUGCUCAUUGAUGAUACAGCCAUUAAACAAACUCCCAGAAAAAUGUGUAUGAGUAAUCUCAAGCUGUUUUCGUUUGGUGGAUCUAAAGUCCAAGAUUUCAGGGGUUUGGAAUUGCUGCCUUUCUCAGGCUGCUCUCAGUUAUCAGACAUGUAUCUCACAGAUUGUAAUCUGUACAAGUUGCCGGACAACUUUAGCUGCUUAUCCUCGCUGCAGUCUCUAUGCUUGAGCAAAAACAAUAUCGAGAAUCUACCAGGAAGCAUUAAGAAACUUCAUCAUCUCAAGUCUCUUUACUUGAAGCAUUGUCAAAAGCUCAUUUCACUGCCAGUGCUUCCAUCAAAUCUGCAGUACUUGGAUGCUCAUGGCUGUAUCUCACUCGAAACAAUAGCAAAACCUAUGACGCUUCUUGUGAUAGCUGAAAAGACCCAUUCUACUUUUGUAUUCACAGAUUGCUUCAAGCUAAACCGAGAUGCACAAGAAAAUAUUGUGGCUCAUACUCAACUCAAGAGUCAAAUACUGGUGAAUGGAUUUCUUCAACGUAAUCAUCAUAAGGAACUAGUUUUGGAACCUUUAGCUGCUGUAAGUUUUCCAGGAAAUGAUUUGCCAUUAUGGUUCCGCCAUCAGAGAAUGGGAUCUUCAAUGGAAAUCAACCUGCCUCCACACUGGUGCGAUGAUAAAUUUAUUGGACUUUCUCUCUGCACUGUUGUCUCUUUCAAGGAUUAUGAAGAUAGAACCAGCCGGUUCUCCGUAAUAUGCAAAUGCAAGUUCAGAAACGAAGACGGUGAUUCCAUCAGUUUUACUUGUAAUCUUGGAGGAUGGAAAGAGCAGUGUGGAUCAUCUAGCCACGAAAAAUCAAGAAGACUUAGCUCUGAUCAUGUGUUCAUCAGUUAUAACAACUGUUACCAUGCCAAGAAAAUCGAUGAUCUCAAUAGAUGUUGCAACACCACUGCCUCAUUCAAAUUUUUUCUCACUGAUGGCAAAGCCAAAAGAAAACUAGAUUGCUGUGAGGUUGUGAAAUGUGGAAUGAGCUUGUUACAUGCACCGGACGAGAAUGAUUAUAGGUUGCAUGGGUUACAAGAGAAUAAUCUCGAGAAAGCUGGAAAAGAAACAGAUCUAAACGAAACUGCCUUGGAUGAAGUUGUGGUAUCGAAGAGAGGCCGUUUAUGUUUUCAAGAAGAAGAGCUACUGAACAGGAAAAAAAUAAAGGAAGAAGUCUCGUUUUCUAAUUACGAGUGUACUGUAACUUCCGUUCUUAGUUACACGAAGCCAGCAAAGCCUAAUCACUGGACAUAACUUAUUUCAGAAAGAUGAUUUCUACCGUAUUCUUGGCUUAUUCUUGUUUUAAAUCUACCUUAUUCUUGGCUUCAUCUCUUAAUUUGAAUUGUAGAAACAGUAAUGUACAGAGACGCUCAAGUUUCAAGUCAAUUGGCUACUCUCUUAAACAA